UGAGAGGUGCAGGUGUUUUGUGUGUGCUUGUGUGUGUGUGUUGCAACAGGGACACUCUGAUGAAGUGAUCUCGUUGACACUGGAGAUUAUUGCACAUUUCCGAGAUUUUCUGUUUGUCUGGCACUCUCAAUGAUAGCAGAUUAACCCAGAACUUUAAAUACGUUACAAUGAUCAGUGAUGAGUGUCUGGUGGAAUGUCCCAUUGAUGAUGAUGAAGAUGAAGUGCAGCUUGCCUUUUCAGCUCCUCCCCCUCCUGAGUUUGCGUCCAAAGCACCCACCCCUUCGCCCAAACCACCAACAGCGCCUGCCACACCUGCUCCCAGUCCUCUGGCCCCUCCAGUGAGCAGGGACCCAUUCGGCAUCAACCAGCAUCUAAAGGUGGAGGUGAGUGAUGUGCUGGCUGAACCUGCCUCUCCUCACAGCAUAGACCAGGUCUGGUUUUACAGUUUGCAUAGCUUUGAGAAGACUCGUGUUUGGAGCUACAGGAUCUUGUCUCUGUUACUGGCUGUCCCCUUUGCUCUUCUCUGUGGGGUCUCCCUGGGACUUCUGGCCUGUUUACAUGUCUGGUUUGUGAUCCCAUUGGGUCAGCUCACCCACACUUUCCUCCCAUGUGUCCGCUCUGUGUGGGUGUGUGCUGUCAAUGUCCUCAUCUCACCUGUGUGCACCAGCCUGGCUCUCUGCUGCAGUCAUGUUGCCAUCAUCCUUUCCAAUAAGGACUGGCAGCCUCUAAAAGCAGACAAAGAGGGGGUGUGAAUGGGGCAGAGCACGGAUGAUUGACUUUUAUAAUGUAUUUUUUGUUUGAUCUGAUCC